AUGUCCACUCUCCUUGCCAUCCUGCUGUUUGCUUCUACAACGCUGUGUGCAACAUACCCCCAAAGCAUCGAAAUCGACCUUGUCUUCCCCCGCGCCAACGAGACCUACGCACCCAGCCCUUACUUUCCCAUUGUCUUUGCCGUCCAGAAUGCUGGGACAGCCUGGCCGCUUGGCCUAUCGCUUUCUGUACAUAUCCGCCCUAUUUCAAGCCCUCGCAAUGAUUCAGGCCAUGGCAAUGAUGAUUUAUGGGAUUCCUUCAACUUUGGCGGGGACUUUACUGGCAGCACCCGCGGUAACGCUACUGCCGACCCUUCGCUUUUUGUCCACGCCACCAACGUCACCAACGGCACCGAGGCUCAAUGGGUUAUCGUGUGGUCUCUUGGCUUGGAAAACUCAUGCAACACCAUGGACACCCAGGCUAGCUUUGCAACUAGCCCAAUAAGCAUGACAUUCAAUGCUGCUUUUGGUGCCGCAGCCCCUAACCUUGUCUCUGCUGUCGAAAGCUGCUCCUCUAGCUUCAACCUUAUAGAGGUGGACCGUCUGAACAGCUCCAGUACAUGUCAUGCGGAUGUGAUUAGCAAGGAGGAGACUGGAGAAGGGAACCCAUGUGGGCUGAAGCCGCUAGCUCAGACAAUCGCUGCUAACGUGUCAGCGGCCAUGAAAGCCUAUGCGCCUGGAACCCUAUCAAGGCUCACAUGCACACUCAACCAGUGCCAGUACUAG